AACACUAUUGUAUUGUGCCAUUUAAACUUUAAGGUUUGGUAAAUUAUUAUUUAUUAUAUUAUUUUAUUUUAUUUUGGAAAAAGUAAAUAAUGUAUAUAUUUGUGUUUGCAUUAUUGUUAUAUAGUAAUACACAUAAUAAUAAGUAUAUACAUUUUUAUAGGUUAAUGCAAAAAGUAAAAUAUUAAACGUACUAAUAAUAUUCAUGGCCCUUUCAAUGUUAUUUUAUCUGAAAAUAUAUACAAAAAUAGCCUACCCCUGUUAUAGUAUAUUUUGUUGCACAGGCACACAUAAGAUUACGAUAACGAUUUUAAUGAAAUGUAUUAUAAUAUAUAUGCCGCAGACAGGGUCCUUGCAGGUCACAGGUUACAGCCAGGGGGUUGGAAGCAGCUGACUGAACAGGGAGGAGCAGUCGCUUUUUUUUUCCGGGAUUUCAUUCCUGUGUUUUCCGCUACGUUUUAACCCAAAUAUCGUCUUUAACCAAAAUAAAGUGGCAUCGAAAAACGUAUUAAAACCGUAGCUGCAGCUUAUUUUGGCGACUGUCAAAUUAGUUUCAACCACAAUGAGAAGCUGGAAGAAUCACGUGCGUGGUGAACUGCAACAGAGAGACCAAACUGAGAAACUGCCUUUCAUCGGCGUGUUCACAAGCUUGUCUCAGAUGGAGGAACGGUUUGAAUUUCGCAAAACAUUUUUGGAUGAUGUUCAGUCUAAGAGUUGGAAAGACACCAGACUGCUUCAACUCCAACUGAGGGAGAGUGAACACCUGGCAGAAAAGCUGUCUCAGACCGUCUCUGACCUGACCACCGUCCUGUAUCUGAAAGAGGCCGAGCUGCAAUACUGGCAGUCACGUGUUUCCCACUACCGCCAAGAGGCCCUUUCUCUGGCUAAAAGGAGUAACACAUUGAAGACGACUCUAUCAGAAUUUGAGUACACCAUUGAGUGUCAAUCCAAAGAGUUGGCAGCCCUGCGUAACGAGCAGAAAGGAAUAAAUGAGGCGUUGGCACUGGCCUGCAGAGAGAAAGAUGAACUCUUGCAACGCUGGAUGGAAGAGAAGAGGGAGGAGGCAGACAGGUUGAAUAAGUACAACGAUGCACAGGAAAGGUGGCAACGUGUCGCCAAACAUCUGAAGAAGCACCUCCAUAGUGAAAGAAAAAAAGAGUUUGUUCCCAUUGUGACGAACUCUUGGUAUGGCGAAAAAUGAAUGCCUACAUCCGCGAUUCAGAGUAAGCAUCAACAAUCUCUUCAAAAUAAAAAUGCAUAAUGCAGCAGGUGCAAACAAAUGGCUGCCUCUUAAUUAAAGAGCGCUUUCAUCAAAAGCAUCCCAAUGACCUUCCUAAUUAUGGAUGUCUAGUUGAUGAGGUCAAGACAAUGUUAUCGUGAUCAACGAAGCUCUAAUGGCACCGAUGAGGGCUCAUUUAGUCUCAUCAAAUAACUCAGUGGGCUUUUAGAGAAUAUUACCAGAAGCCAAUCACUCGAGUGACUGUUCAGUGCCUCAUAUCCACAUACAGUAUAGCUGCUUGUUCUCCUAAAAAUCAUAUCCCCAUACAACACAACUGUCCAUUACUUUUAAUGGAAACAUAUCUCCUGGAUUGUUUGUUUUUGACGUAUUAUAAAUAGUCUGCAGAACACAAGGUCCUGGUGGAUGGGUCAAACAAAUGGAGGUUUUUGCACAAAGAAGAUUGGUGAUAUGUUUCCCUCCAAAAAGUAAUUAGAAAUGCAAUUCGGAAGACUAUAUUGUAGGAGACAGGUUAGCAUACUUGCAUCUGGUACCUUGACUUUAUCAUAAUCUUUAUGAAAGUACUGGCCCAGACUAUAAUGUCACUGGAGAAGGCAGCCAUUUCUAUGCAUACAUGUGCUUAAACAUGAUCAUCGGGAACCUGUGACUACUUUUUUGAUUUUAGGAUUCAUUUUUAAUUCCUGGUAUUUUCUCUGAGAAUUUACCAACCUUGGGGAGGGUACAUGCUUAUUUGAGUAUGUUAAGACUGGAUAUGUUAUGUCUUUUAGGCCAAUAAAAGGAACAAGGGUUUGGUAUCAAUGUGGGUGCCUGCCUUACUUAGAAGCCCUGGAUUGUAUCCUCCUCAGCUGUGUGUUGAAGGUAACCAUGUUUUUUUCAUUCU